CUCCCGAGUGGUUCACUAUACAGAGGUCUCUAUUUAAACGUGCGCCGGCCGAUCGCUGCCGUCGAGGAACUGACCUUAUUCCGAGCAGUUCGACCGUUCCAGUUGAUCAACUGAGAAGAAUCGCGAAUUUGUGAAGUUUCCAAGCAAGUAGGAAUUGAAACCUAUUGGAGAGUAAGUGACGUGGCCCGAUCCUACUGGAAAUUUAGCUCUCGCGUUUCGAAACCCUAGUCAACUCAACCUGCGGAGGUAUUUGGCGGCGGCGAUAAUGGAAGUGGUGGCGCUAGUCAGCGGCGGUAAGGACAGUUGCUACGCGAUGAUGAAAUGCCAGCAAUACGGCCACAAGAUAGUAGCGCUAGCCAAUUUGAUGCCUGUUGAUGAAGCGCAAGAUGAGCUUGACAGUUACAUGUAUCAAACAGUGGGGCACCAGAUAGUUGUUAGCUAUGCACAAUGCAUGGGGAUUCCAUUAUUUCGAAGACGGAUUCAAGGAUCUACCAGGCAUUACGGCCUUAACUACAAUAUGACUCCUGGGGAUGAGGUUGAAGAUAUGUUAAUUCUCUUAAAAGAAGUAAAACGGCAAAUUCCCUCUGUUUCAGCAGUCUCUUCGGGUGCAAUUGCAUCUGACUAUCAAAGACUGCGGGUGGAAAGUGUAUGUUCGAGGUUAGGGCUUGUUUCUUUAUCAUAUUUGUGGAGGCAGGAUCAGUCAUUGCUCCUUCGGCAAAUGAUAACAAGUGGAAUUAUUGCCAUCACAGUAAAGGUUGCAGCUAUAGGAUUAACCCCUUCAAAGCAUUUGGGGAAGGAAAUAAAAGACUUAGAGUCCCAUCUUCACAAGAUAAAAGAGUUGUAUGGGAUAAACGUAUGUGGUGAAGGAGGAGAAUAUGAAACUUUAACCUUGGACUGUCCCCUCUUCAGAAAUGCUCGAGUUGUGCUGGAUAAAUUUCAAGUUGUCUCACAUUCACCAGAUCAAAUAGCUCCUGUGGGGGUUAUUCAUCCCUUGGAAUAUCAUUUGGAGAAGAAGGUCUCUUUAUCUGCCAGUCAUAUUGACAGCAGCAACCAGGCAACUGUUGAAGAAUCUGAUUCAGUCUGUGAAGUUCUGGGAGAUUGCCCAGAUAUCUUGCAAGCCCCGUGUCCAAACAAUGAUGUGAUAAGUGACUUAGCUCUAGAUACAAAACAAGAACUUCAUAUCACAAAACCGAAAAAGGACAAUACCUUUUCCAUUGCGUGCUGGCUGCACGAUCCCUCUAAAAACUCAGCAGAUAUGCGAGAGGAUCUGCACUUGGUUUUAACAAAAAUUGAAUUGGUGCUUAUUGAACAUAAUUGCUCUUGGGAGAACGUUCUUUACAUACAUCUAUAUAUUUCCGAUAUGAAUGAGUUUGCAUUAGCAAAUGCUGAAUACGUGAAGUUCAUUACUCAAGAAAAGUGUCGUUUUGGUGUGCCGUCACGUUCUACUAUAGAACUUCCUCUAUUGCAAGCUGGUUUGGGGAGGGCGUAUCUUGAAGUUUUGGUGUCCAUCGAUAAUUCCAAAAAUGUUUUGCAUGUGCAAAGUAUUUCCGAGUGGGCUCCUAGUUGUAUUGGUCCAUACAGCCAGGCAACUUUGUAUAAGGAUGUUUUGUAUAUGGCUGGUCAACUGGGACUUGACCCACCAACAAUGUUACUUUGUGAAGGAGGUCCUGUACUUGAGUUUCAAAAAGCAUUAGAGAACAGUGAAGCUGUUGCAAAUUGUUUUAACUGUUCAAUAUCUACAUCUGCCGUUUCCAUGGUCAUUUACUGUUCAGCAUCUCUGAAUUCGUCAGAUAGAAUUGCCAUUGACAAUCAGAAAGAUGUCUGCCUUGCGCGAAUGAAGUCGCAGUUAAAUAGUAUAAGCAGGUCCAACAGGCCUGUAUUGGUUGGUCCUGUCGUUUUAUACGUUCUUGUUCCUGAUCUGCCAAAAAGAGCUUUAGUGGAAGUAAAACCCUUGCUUUACAGUGGAGAGAGUAUCGAGACUCCAACUGGUGUCACCAAAGAAGAUUUACUUACGAAACAAGCUUAUUGGGGAUUUCAGCAUGAAAGCUGGCAUAAUAGUUGUCUUCAGAAAUGUAUCAUCAGUGGAAGAAUAUGUUCAGCUGCCGUAUCUGUCACACAUGAAAUUUCCACGAAGAUAUGUUCUCAAACCACCGAACCCGCUUCCAACGAUUCACAAUGCAAUGACAAUACCGAAAAACAAGUAGCAACAACAGCAGAGUUCUGCAUCUAUCUUCUCGAUAAGGUCCUCCUAGAGAAUGAUUUCUCUUGGGAUGAUGUAAUGAAUUUGAGGAUCUAUUACACAUCAAGUGCGAAAACCAACCAUGGAACAUUGUUAAAAAUCUUUACCACUAUUUUCGACGAACUUUGUGAGAGGAGCGGGAGAAUCGACUCUGAUAAGGGGCCAAAUUUCAACCUUGUCCCUGUCUUGGGUGCUGGGACUUCAGCAAGCUCCAUGGACAAUAAUAUAUUAACAUGUGAGCUAUUUGCCAGGAAAUUUUAAGACAUGCUUUCGUACUCACAAAACACCACAAACACACACAUGUUAUGCAAUAUUUAUCUGCUAAUUGACAUCCAAUUUCGAAACCAGGUUCUCUCUUGUAUCAGGUAAUUAAUUAUACUCAGGCCAAUGUUUUCGUAUGUAUCAUUAUUGAAUUUGACUGUUUAUUUACAAAAAUGAUUUAUUUGCUCCAAAUUUCAUUUCUAUUGUGAGA